CACUAAUCGGCAGGAGUCAUUUUGGCCCACAGCGUAAUCAGCCCCAAGAAGAAUCCCCACACAACGGGGUAAUCAUAAGGAUGAAACCACUGUGCCUGAUCAUGAGCCUUUUGGCUCUUGCAGCAUGCUUCUUGCCCAGUGAAAGUCAAAGAGGUCCCAGGAGACAAUAUCCACCUAGGCUUCUUCCUCCUCCUCCUCCAAAUUUUCCUUUUGGUCCAGGAUUUGUCCCACCCCCUCCUCCACCUUUUGGCCCAGGGAGAAUUCCACCACCCCUUCCACCUCCUUAUGGCCCAGGGAGAAUUCCACCACCCCUUCCUCCCCCUUUUGGCCCAGGGAGAAUUCCACCACCCCUUCCACCUCCUUAUGGCCCAGGGAGAAUUCCACCACCCCUUCCUCCCCCUUUUGGCCCAGGGAGAAUUCCACCACCCCCUCCACCUCCUUAUGGCCCAGGGAGAAUUCCACCACCCCCUCCUCCCCCUUUUGGCCCAGGGAGAAUUCCACCACCCCCUCCACCUCCUUAUGGCCCAGGGAGAAUUCCACCACCCCCUCCUCCCCCUUUUGGCCCAGGGAGAAUUCCACCACCCCCUCCUCCCCCUUAUGGCCCAGGGAGAAUUCCACCACCCCUGCCUGGAAUCCAUUAUGGCCCAGGUUAUCCAUAUCUACCUUUCCAACCAAGACCUUAUCCAACUGGAUCUCCAACUGGAUACCCUUAUCCUCCCUUUACUCUUGAACCCCAAAUACAAACUACUACAACAGACUCCACUACAACCACAACAGGCACCACUACCACCCAAACAAAGCCCACCACCCCCACAACUACCACUUCUACUCCCCAAAAGACAACUACCACUUUGACUCCCGAAGAGACAACUACAGCUUCGACUCCCCAAAAGACAACUACCGCUUCAACUCCCGAAGAGACCACUAUGGCCUCGACUCCCGAAGAGACCACUACGGCUUCGACUCCCGAAGAGACCACUAUGGCUUCGACUCCCGAAGAGACCACUACGGCUUUGACUCCCCAAAACACAAGUCAGAAGAAGUUUCUAGAUAAACUCUUUUCAAUUUUUGGAUGAGAAUGAGAUGUUCAUAAGCUCUGAGCUUUGGGAAUGAAUAAUCUUAGAAAGAAACUACCAAACAAUCCACAAAAAUAUUAUGAAAACAAAGUGAAAAUAAACAGUCUAGCAAAAAUAUGAAACCAAUAUGUUGUCAUG